AGCAAUCGUUCGUCCCUGUAUUUGGUAUGAUAUGGCAGGCAAAGUUCUUCCUAUCGCUCUGGCUGGCGUGAUUGGGGUUGCAACCGCGGUGGCGACCUUCGAUCCUGCUUUCAAAGCGCAACAGAAGAAGAGAUUAGAAGACGAAUAUAAAAGUGAUAUCGGCGCACAUCCAACAAUGAUGAAUGACGGUAUUCCCACCAUACCCCAAGCUCAACCAGAAGAUUCAGCCGACCGCACUUCGGGGGUAGCGUCAUCAAGAUUAUCAUCGAUGCUCGGUCUGUGGGCAUGGAAACGGAAUCAAGAUGGUUCCGACCCCAAGCCAUCAAGGAAAGAAUGACCUGCAACCAAAAUCACCAACGGAUCGAUCGUCAUAGCAAAUCGAUAUUAUCAUGAAAUAUCUAGACUCCGUCCAAGGUCGUCCCACCGACCUCUACGCAGAGGAUCCAGUCUCUUCAGCUCCCGCAGCCAUCCUCGCAUGUCUAGCACCGUGAAAGCCUGUGUACUACCUUCGAUCUCAAGGUAGCAACUAGCACAGUGAAGCAGAGCUU